AUGGUGGGACUGGACUCGAGUGGAAAGACAUCCAUAGCUAAUAGAUUCAUAUAUGGCAACGAGACGUACGUAUAUCCAGUACUGCCCACUAAAGGCUAUACUGUAUAUAAAAUGGUAUAUAAGGGACAGUCGUAUACUCUAUGGGACUGUGGGGGAAGCAAAAGGUUUCGGGAUUUAUGGCGCAACCAUUACGCGGGUACUUAUGGCCUGAUAUUUGUCGUGGACGCCAGCGACCGGUACCGUAUGGGUGAGGCCAAGGAUGUGUUGCAUACGAUUGCGAUGGACAGGGAGAUGGAGGACGUGGUGGUCGUCGUGUUGGCUAAUAAACAGGAUGUGCCUAACGCGAUGAAAGCCAAAGAGAUUGAGUUUGCAUUAGACAUGAAUCGCCUGAACCAACAGCACUGGCAUAUCCAUGAG